ACAUCGCAAGUUCGCAACCGUGGAGAACCAGUUUGGCAGCUCCUAGCCUCUCUCCCCUGCAACGCCGGCGAUGGGCAAGGGGAAACAGCGCGUCCGCGGCGGAGGCGGAGAAGCCGCCACGGAAGGCGACGCCGCCACCGGCGGCGGUUCCGGAGGGCACACACCGUCCACCGUCUUCGUCUCCAACCUGCCGUACACCUACAAGUCAUCCGAUCUCGAGACGGUGUUCAGCGAAGUCGGGCCGGUGAGGCGCUGCUUCAUGGUCGCGUCGAAAGGGUCCGAUACGAGUCGAGGAUUUGGGUUUGUACAAUUUGCAACUGUUCAAGAUGCUGAACGAGCUAUUCAGCAAAAGAAUGGUUAUACUGUUGCUGGUAGGAAAAUCAGAGUUAAGCUCGCAAUACAACGUGCUCCAUUGAAGGAACGUUUGCAAAAGAAAGAGAACGCAGUGCAAGCUGAAGAUUCCAAUCCAAAAGAUGAUGAAGAUGAUACUUCUACUCCUGUAAAACACAAAGAAACCUCUCAUAACACAGGUCCACCACAACCAUCGACCAAGGAUACCAAAGUAGUGAAGCAAGCUAGCAUUAAGGCUACUGAUAAAGUGAAAAGUUCUGAAAAUCAAAGGGUUGCAAAAACUGUCAUAUUCGGUGGUCUUCACGACUUUUCUACAGCUAGUGAAGUUUUCCGUCUAGCUGGGGAGAUUGGCACAGUAGUAUCUGUAAAUUAUCCCCUUCCUAAAGAGGAAAUGGAGCUCCAUGGGCUUGCACGAGAUGGGUGCACACCGGAUGCAGCAGCAGUGCUCUUUGCAAGUGUCAAAUCUGCUUGGGAUUCUGUUGUCCUCUUGCAUCGUAAGGAGGUCAAAGGAGCAAUUGUUUGGGCUCGUCAACUUGGCGGAGAGGGUUCAAAGAUCAGGAAAUGGAGAGUCAUAGUCAGGAACCUGCCAUUCAAGAUUACACUAAAGGAGAUCAUGGACGUGUUUAGUUCGGAAGGAUUUGUCUGGGAUGUGUCCAUUCCACAAAAGUCUGAUGAUGGGAAAUCGAAAGGUUUUGCCUUUGUGUCUUUUACACGCAAACAGGAUGCUGAAAAUGCUAUCAAAAAUGUUAACGGGAAAGUUAUCGCAAAGAGAACUGUGGCUGUUGAUUGGGCUGUUCCAAAAAAUGUAUAUGCUGUUGCUGCAAAGUCUGAUGCAAAGGAUGAUGAAUUGGCAGAUGUAUCUGACAAGGGCAGCGAUGAUGAAUCCUCUGAAGAUAAUCUUGUUGGAGGAGAUGAUAGCGAUGAUGGCUGUGAACUUGAUCAGGAGAUUUCCAAUCAUCUUGCUGAUGAUGAUUUCAAAAGCGAAGCAGAUAUUUCUAGAAAAGUUCUUGAAAAUUUGAUCAAGUCAUCGGAGAAGUCUGAACCAUCUGAUGUUGAGGGUUCUGAUAUUGAUACAGACACCGAAACAGAAAAUGACACCUCCGAAGAGAAGAAACUCCAUUCACCUGAAGCUGUCAAGUUGGGAGAAUCUAAACAUGUAACAGAGGCAGAAAGCACUGUUCUUUCUUCGAAACCUACGGCUGUCAAGGUGGCAGAAUCUAAACAUGUAACAGAGGCAGAAAGCACUGUUCCUGCUUUGAAACCCAAGAAAGAAGAUACUGGCCUGGAUAGGACAGUAUUCAUCAGCAACCUUCCGUUUGAUAUUAGCAAAGAGGAGGUAACAGAGCGGUUCUCAGUAUUCGGGAAGGUUCAAUCUUUCUUCCCUGUUCUGCAUAAACUCACAAAGAGACCUAUAGGGACUGGUUUUCUUAAGUUUUCUACAGCAGAGGCAGCUGAUGCAGCAGUUUCUGCUGCUAAUGUUGCUCCUGGAUUGGGAAUUUUUAUAAAAAGUAGGGCACUUAAUGUUAAGAAAGCGCUGGAUAAGGAGUCAGCUCACAAAAAGGAACAGGAGAAGGGAAAGAAUGAGAUUGAGGAUCGACGCAACCUGUACCUAUCUAAGGAAGGUGAAAUACUCCCUGGAACGCCAGCUGCAGAAGGUGUAUCUGAUGUUGACAUGAAUAAACGUAAUUGGUUAGCCAAAAGGAAAGCAGAAAUGCUUGUAUCUCCAAAAUUUCACGUCUCCCGAACAAGGCUUAUCAUUUACAAUUUGCCGAAGACUAUGUCAAUUAAUGAUGUAAAGAAGCUUUGCAGAGAAGCAGUAAUUUCUCGUGCUACCAAGCAGAAUCCUGUCAUCCGGAAGGUAAAUAUCCUGAAAAAUGAAAAGAAAGGUGCUGCACAGAAGCAUUCCCGUGGUGUAGCCUUUGUGGACUUUCAAGAGCAUGAGCAUGCUCUUGUAGCUCUUAGGGUUCUAAACAACAACCCUGGAACUUUUGGUGCAGAACGUCGUCCAAUUGUAGAAUUUGCACUCGAAGAUGUUGAAAAAAUGAGGCUCCAGAGGAUUCGAAUGGAGCGCAAUGAAAGGGCAAAAGAGGCUGCACAAGAUCAGCAAAGAACUCUGGGUGACCAGUCUGCAACUGAUGGCCCUCGUUCAAAUAACAGAAGGCCUUUCAAAAAAGGUAGCAAGCGAGAAUCACAUGAUGUACCAUCUAAGUUGUCUGACUCCGGCAAAGGGCCUUCAGAUGGCGUUUCAGUUCCUGGAGAUCGUGACGUUGUGGAAAGUUCGGUGGAACACAAAAGGCAGUCUCAAAGGCCUGCAAAACGAGCACGGCAGUCAAAUAAGGGAAGUGUUGUGUGGGAUGCAAAUCAAACAGAUGCAGCCCCUAAUGCUGCUGAGAGUCAGAGGCCUUCCACAAAGCCUGAGCAGGCAGAUGCACCGAGAAAACGGAGGAACAGAAACGAUGGCCAUGCGGAGCAAAAGAGAGGAAAGGCUACAAAAAGGGCAAGGAAAGAGCCAAGUGGGGAGGGAGGAGUGGAUAAAUCGCUGGUGGAGCAGUACCGUUCCAAGUUCUUGCAACAUGGCGUCAGCAAAACCGAAGGAUAGUUAAGUAUGAUCUCCAUGGACCGAGCACCAUGGCGAUUCAAACCAGGGCUUAAUGUUUCCCGAGAACCUCUACGCAAACCUUUCAUCUCCUUGGUCAUGCCAAAAUUUUGCUUCUGAGUAUUAUCAUUUCUUCUUCUCCCUCUUGGUGCCGAGCUUCACCCUGUACGACAACGACUGAUCUUCGUCAAGCUAUUGGUCUCACCAAGUUUCCUACUUAUAUAACAUCAUCCGUUAGCUUUCCACU